AACCAGCUGUCCGGACCUCUGCCACCCGCCCUUUCCACUCUCCAACUCCCUACCCCUCCUCCCUUGAGCCCCUCCUCUUGUGCCCGACGCGUGCAGUGAUCCUCUUGUGCAGUGAUGUGCACCUCUUGUGCAGUGAUGUGCACCUCUUGUGCAGUGAUGUGCACCUCUUGUGCAGUGAUGUGCACCUCUUGUGCAGUGAUGUGCACCUCUUGUGCAGUGAUGUGCACCUCUUGUGCAGUGAUGUGCACCUCUUGUGCAGUGAUGUGCACCUCUUGUGCAGUGAUGUGCACCUCUUGUGCAGUGAUGUGCACCUGAACCAACUGUCCGGCCCUCUCCCCUCGCCCACUCCCUACCCCUCUUCCCUCCCACCCCCUCCUCUUGUGCACAACGGUGCAGUGAUGUGCACUAGAACUAAUUGUCCGGACCUCUUCCUCCCCACUCCAAUGCUCUCCCACCCACCUCCCAAUACCCACCACAUCCCCCACUCUCUAUUCCCCUCCCCUCCCACCCCCUCCUCUUGUGCCCCACGCUUGCGGUGCAGUGAUGUGCGCCAGAAUCAAAUGUUCGGACCUUUGCCUUCUACCCUCUCCACCCUCGUCCGCCUCAACACCCUGCGCACUGCCCCCUGCGCUCUGCCCCCCGUGAGGCGCACUGCCCCCUGUGAGGCGCACUGCCCCCUGAGAGGCGCACUGCCCCCUGUGAGGCGCACUGCCCCCUGUGAGGCGCACUACCCCCUGUGA